UCGACGCGAAUGCUUUGUCGUAUCGCUCGCUGCAGUGAAAACGACAAAAUACGCUGAGUAUAUCCAGAAAUAUCAACAUAAAAUCUGUGCACACCAUCUAAAGUCGACAACAGACCGCUUGGAUAGCGAGAAAAUAUCAAAAACGCGCGAUCUUCAUUUGUUUUCCGUUUUAUUUUUUGUUUUUGUUCCAUUAUUUUAGCCGGGAAAACGCCGGUUGGAUGUUAAAUUUUCGUGUGGAUACGCAAUAACGUACAGUGCGGUUCCUUGUUCAGUGACGUUUUGUGGACUGGCUGGAAACGGUGCGUUUCUUGUGUUUGGUUUUGGUUUGUUUCCUUUUUUUUCUGCUCCGGCAGCCGAGGUGUGGUUGUCAACACGUGUAUUUAUCGAUCGCCGGGCGCGUGACUAAGUAACGCUGUGGCAUUACACGUGGAGAUUAUAAGUUGUGAAAAGUGACUGAAGGACGAGGCGCGCUGGCCGCCCAUCAUGCAUUAGAUAUCGCUCAAACGAUAUCGAAACGGAUGCCGGUUUCCUGAAGAUGGCCUCACGCACCCCGUCCCUUGAGUCGCUGCCCGGUGCCAACUCUAUAGGUUCGCUGGAGCGUGGCUCCUUAUCGCCCUUGACCCUUAGCGGCUCCUCGCCUCCUGCGAGUGACUCCGCCGUAUGUGACCUCCGUGAAUUCGACGGCCUCGACACCACCUGUGCAAUUUGCCGAGAGACAUUCGCCGACCCCAAAGUACUAAACUGCUUCCAUACAUUCUGCCGGGGCUGCCUGGAGAGGGAACAAACGCACCCUGAUAAAGUUACCUGCGUCACGUGCCGCGUUGACAGCCAGCUGCCUCCUGCAGGCAUACACGGGCUCCUACCCAAUCUUGUGAUAGCAGCGGCCGUUGAGCAGGACGCCGAUCUCCUGCCGAGCGCUCGCCAAACAAGCUCGCCUUCAGCCCGCUGCACCGGCUGCAAAUCAAAGGAAUCCGACGCCGUAGCUCGCUGCGUUGACUGCGCCAACUUCCUGUGUCCCAACUGCGUCAUGGCCCACCAAUUCAUGCAUUGCUUCGAGGGCCACCGUGUGCUCGCGUUCACGGACCUCAAAGAUGACAAGGGUAUGCUCGGAUCUACCCUUACACCAAGCGGCGACAAAACCGCUUUCUGCCCGAGACACAAAAAUGACAUCUUGAAAUAUUUCUGCCGCACCUGCUCCGUGCCCGUCUGCAAAGAAUGCACUAUUAUUGAACAUCCCGCUGCAUUGCACGACUGCGAACAUUUAUCUGACGCGGGACCUAAACAGAUGGAGCUUAUGCAACAAGCUGUAACCGAAGCCAAGACUCGUGCUACCGAGAUCAGGCAUGUAGUCAAGACUGUUGAACACGCUGCUGGAAAAUUACAAGUCCAGUACCACAAAGCUCAAAAUGAAAUUAAUGAUACCUUCCAAUUCUACCGCUCUAUGCUCGAAGAGCGUAAACAAGAAUUACUCAAAGAACUAGAGAGCGUUUUCUCGACAAAACAGAUCGCUUUGACAGUUGUCGGACAGAAAGCUCAGGAAACUGUCGACAAGAUUUACCAGACUUGCGAUUUUGUGGAUCGACUAACUAAAUGCGCCAACAUUGCUGAAAUUUUAAUGUUCAGGAAACUGUUAGACACCAAACUACAAGCCCUGAUGAGUUCCAACCCAGAGCAGAGCAUGCAAACUGCUUGCGAACUAGAGUUUGUGUCAAACUACCAAGCGAUACAAGUCGGCGUGCGAAACACUUUUGGAUAUGUGCGUUCAAGCUCAGAAGCUAAUGUAGGCCCAACGAAGCAACCCCCGAUUGCUCGUCCCACGAAUGGGUCUCUCUUGAAUGGCGGCUCAUCAUCUAGCAGCAGUAGCGUGAAUGGGAGUUCUGGAAGCCUUAAUGGUGGAAUCCACCUACCUUCCAGCCUCAACGGGGUAUUAGACCGCCCAUAUACAAAUGGCCUUCUUGGUCCCACCAGCCAAUCCACCUCACCAUUUGAGUCGAACAUAAUCUCGAAGAGGUUCAACAGUGCCAACAGUCUAGGACCAUUCUCUACAGCUAUUGGAGAUAUCAAUUUGAACGGAAUCAAUCCCUAUGAAAAGUGGUCCAACGGUGGUUGCGACUCUCUGUUCCCAUCUGCGCCCACCGAUCCGUACUCGCUUACGGCUGCCACUCACCCCGAUCCUAUCUUGGACUUGACAAACAAACUGAUUUCCACUGCCAUAUUUCCGCCAAAAUCUCAGAUCAAACGCCAAAAAAUGAUUUACCACUGCAAAUUUGGUGAAUUCGGAGUGAUGGAAGGUCAGUUUACGGAACCGAGCGGUGUCGCAGUAAAUGCUCAAAACGAUAUAAUUGUGGCCGAUACUAACAACCAUCGCAUUCAGAUUUUCGACAAAGAGGGUCGAUUCAAAUUCCAAUUCGGGGAAUGCGGUAAACGCGAUGGGCAGCUCUUGUACCCCAACCGAGUGGCUGUAGUGCGCACAUCUGGUGACAUCAUCGUCACUGAGCGGUCCCCGACCCACCAGAUUCAGAUUUACAACCAAUACGGACAAUUCGUGCGCAAAUUCGGCGCCAAUAUUCUGCAACACCCCCGAGGCGUCACGGUCGACAAUAAAGGUCGCAUUGUAGUCGUGGAGUGCAAAGUCAUGCGCGUUAUCAUCUUCGAUCAAGUUGGCAACGUAUUGCAGAAAUUCGGAUGCUCAAAACACUUGGAAUUCCCGAAUGGCGUCGUCGUUAAUGACAAGCAAGAGAUCUUCAUUAGCGACAACCGCGCGCACUGCGUUAAGGUGUUCAAUUACGAAGGCAUUUACCUGCGCCAGAUUGGCGGCGAGGGAGUGACAAAUUACCCGAUCGGUGUGGGCAUUAACGCCGCGGGAGAGAUCCUUAUCGCAGAUAACCACAACAACUUCAACUUGACGAUAUUCACGCAGGACGGACAAUUGGUGUCCGCUUUGGAGAGCAAAGUGAAGCACGCGCAGUGCUUCGACGUGGCGCUGAUGGACGACGGCUCGGUGGUGCUGGCCAGCAAAGACUACCGGCUCUACAUCUACCGCUACGUGCAAGUGCCGCCCAUAGGCAUGUGAGCCGCCCGCUCUGAUCACAGGAGAUCGGAAUGACCGAUGUACAAGCGUAGGAUCAACUUGAAACGCAAGUAAAGUGACAGACUGUUCUUCUGGCCAUAUGUGUCAAUUUUUGAGUAGUUCAAGUGACGAUUCCAAUGUGAAGGAAACUCAAAAUUUUUGUAAGUGAAAGUGUUAAUUGAUUGUGGCUGUCUCGAUGUGAUCAAUUUGACUAACGAUGGGAAUUCUUUACAUAUUUUUCGGCAUGAGAUCUCUGUAUGCAUUACUUCUAAAUGAAACUGUAAUGAGAUUAGUUGAUAGUAUUGACAUUGUUAUUCGAGUACCUAUUUAAAGGAUAGAGAUUAUUCCGUUGGAUCGACCCAAACAUGCGAACGGUGUUCUCGACCCUUAUCAUUUUUUAAUCUAUUGAAUAAUAUUUUUUCAUAUCCCACAUCGUUAAAUUAGGGAUGAAUAUUAAGGGCAUUUGUAUUAUUUAGCCCAUUUGUUGGACCAAUAUUUUAACUAUUACUUAAAAAUUGUUAGGCGUUAAGCGUGUGAUUUUAUUGUAAUAAGAGAGCAUCGAGCGGUAUUGUUGUUAGUUUUAAGAUUAUUCUUCGGCACAAUGGCACUUCCUGUUUUUAAUUAGCACUUAUUCUGUGUCGAUUGAAAUAUGAUUAUGAAAUUAAGUAAGAAGUUGUUACAUUAUUAUUAGGUAAGUGUUAAAUUGAUUGAGCUGAUAAUGGACAAUCUUUAGUUACUACCCCUCUUAAUGUAGUUACAAAAUUUUAGGGAAAUGUGAUGUUAGGGGUUUUAUCAAUGACAAAGUUGACUGCGGCGUUCCUUACAGCAGCUCUUCUGGAUCCUUGGAGGAGUUGAGUGAGUUUUGAAACAUCACAACGUGGCGAGUGAUCCAAAAUGUUUUAUAGACCUCAAUUAAUUUUGAACCGAACUACCGCCAUUCUUGUAAACUCCGCAACUUGAGUAUUAUAAAGCAUUUUAGAUGAUGUACCUUACUGUUUAAUAGAAAUGGUUGUAGUUAUGUUAAUUGUGUUGGAAGACAGUUUUCUUUUUUUAUCGAUGUCAUUACCGCCUAGUCACUGAGAGCCCACGGACCUUAGUUUCCACGUUGUUGUAACGAUUAGUAACAUUUGGUUGAUAAUAAUAUUAUUCGUUUUUAUACAAAUCUAGUAUUUGAAUAUUUUAAGUGAUUGGAUACGGUAGUAACUAGUAGAGCACUUUAGAAAAUCGUCGUCUCGCUAGCCUUUUUUUAUAAAUGAUUAUGUUUCUGAGAUUUUUAGAAUGAGAUAUUGAGGGCACCGCAUCUGAACGCGAUUCACUACUUACGGGAGUAUUAUAGCUCGCUUGGUAUACAAAAUAAUUUUAUACAAUUUGUUAUUCUGGUAAGAUAUUUUUAUAUGGAAACAUAUUUCUGUAGUGGUAGUAGUAAUACGGUGCAUGUUUAUCAUUUAAUUUUUUUUCGUAUUCUAUGAAUAUUAUGCUACUAUUUUUUUAUUUCAGUACCGUGUGUUUGUGUGUGUUAGCAGAAUUAUUUUAGUUCGAUUUUCAUUAGUUUUUGGUUUUCUUAGUGAAUAAUGAUUUUUAGUAUUUUUUGCUGAAUCUAUGACAAUAAAGAGAUCUGAUGCGACCGAAGCGGGUCGGGGGUCGUUUUCUUAAUUUUUGAUCUGCAUUAGUUUAGGUUAUAUGUUUCGAUUGGUGAUAAUCCUAUGCUCCUAAAUAAAUUAUCUCGUUGAACAUUGAAGUCGCGUCGGGCGAGUGUCGUGCGCUGUGGACGGAUGCAAUACCUGCGUUGCAAGUGCCAUACAAUCAUGUUGUGAUUUAAUAAGUGAUAUUUAGUAUUGUUUGUAAAUAUGUACCAUACUCUGAUUUAUCGACUCUAAUCAUAAGUCUGAUGGAUAUCUUAGAUGGUUCCAAUUGUUGUGUCGGUGCAAGGUCCAUGAAUGCCAGAUCGUUGUCACUCGAUAAAAUUUGAAUGAAAUUAUUGCGUUACGUCCUGCACCGGUCCCAGAGCAUUUAAGAGUAACCGUUCUUCACAUGUUAUUUUCUGUUCUUUGCAUAUCACAGCGCAUGCACCACUUGCCCUGACGCGCCUUCGAUCGAAUAGUUAAAUAUCGAUACCCCACUGGAUUAAGCGAAUCACAACAACAAUGGGUCUUAGAGUCCAAAUUUCAGUGAUUUAUCACCAAUGAUUUUUAUUAUAGGCCACUCUGUUCCUAGUAAAUUAGAAAAUACCUGAGGCGCCUAUGUUUGUUGUGUUUCUCCUAAUCCACUGGUACUGGACUUGAUUGAUCGUAAGCUAAUUCAAAUUGCUGUUUUACAGUCCGCUUUUUCUCAGUUUUUUCCGUCGAAUUGCCUUGUCCGAUUGCAUGCGCCGAUACCCAAUGAGUUCACCUAUGAUUUACCUUUUUAUUUGUUUAUACACUAUUAUUAUGAGCUUACAGUUUGCAAUUUGUCGUAAAAAACUGAGAUCACGCUAGAUAUGGGUAAACAUUUAUUUAGUUUUAAACAUUGAUAGCUUCAUAUGAAAAAUUACACCAUGAAUUAUAUUAGUCGUAAUGACUUUAAUUCUUAGUUUUAAUUUUUCGUGAUGAAGUAUUCCUGGUAAAAAACAUACGCUUUUACUUAAUUGAUCGUUUCGUCGUAUUAUAUUUAAACUAAGUAUAGUGUAGUUCAUCAAAAUUACUAUAAUAAGAUGUGCAAAUUAUGACAACACAAUUCACGCCUAUGUAAUGCU